UUUCAUUCAGACAGAAGGGACUCACAUCUAAGCUUGUCUCUCCAUUUUUCUACCCAAGUGGGACCAGACUUGUCUAGUAUUUCCUUCGUAACGCCAGGCGCUUUCCACACCACCUGACCCUGAUUCUCGUUGUUGUCCCGGCUUGUGUCCUGGGUCAGUCCGCCUGUGACCGGCUGACUAUCUUCAGCAGGGCGGGCUGGGGUGCAGUCCCGGCAAAGUCCACCACCCCGCUCAGCCACCCGACCCGAAAGGCUGUGAUUCACCACAGUGACAGCUACUGGACGCACCUGUUCAACUGGGGAGGGUAGAGGGACAAGGAAGAGUACAUGGACAGAGUGAUGGAAAUCCAAAAGGACCAUAUGGACGACGGCUGGGACGACAUUGGUUACAACUUUCUCAUCGACGGAUACGGAAACGUGUACGUGGGCCGUGGAUGGGACAAUGAGGGCGCUCACACUUCCGGCUAUAACGACGUCGCCAUCGGCAUCAACUUCCUCGGGUACUUCGAAGACGACCUCCCGACUAGUGCAGCACUGGAGACCGGGAAAAACCUGAUAGCCUGCGGGGUGACGAUGGGGAAGAUCAAGAGCGGAUACGACCUGAAUUGUCACUCCGAUCUCGGGGCCAGCAGUGGGGGUACAGACUGUCCCAGGGCAGCUCUGUGCCUCUACGCUACCGAACGGCUUCGACCGUCUGUAAAGUUGAUAAACAGUUCGUGGCCACACGUGCAACUACUACAUGUAAAACGUAUCUUACGAUUUUGACUUCCAUGUAGUUCCCUAAAAUUGCAAGAUAAAGUUUUCUUUUGUGGUCAACAUACUUUUUACAUCAGCUUGGUGAUUAAACA